AAUCAUAAAGUGUUAAAAAGAAGCGGUGGAUGAUCAAAAGGAAAGAGUGACAUGGAUCGUCUCUCCCUCUCCUUCUCCUUUACCAGGGUCAGGGCACAUAUACCAUGGACAUGGAGGAGGCUGAACAGGCGUCACUCUCUCUCCUACUAUUGCGGCAAUAUUACUCUUUCUUUCUCUUCCUCAUCUUCCAGCCAAAGUUCCUCCUUGCUGGGAGCUCUCAGCACGAAGCAGAAGGAGCAGGUCUCUCUCUACAUUGACACAUUACUGGACUGGAAUCAGCGCAUGAACCUCACUGGUGUGACAGAGUGGAGCGAGGUUGUGAAGAGGCAUGUGGAGGACUCCCUCUCUAUCCUACCGGUGAUAAGAGAGAGAUGCUCGGCCGUCACGUCGACUGUGAAGUUGGUUGAUGUGGGGAGUGGAGCUGGGCUCCCUGGCCUCAUCAUGGCCAUUGCCUGCCCAGAUUGGCAUUUUACUCUUCUGGACUCAAUGCAUAAAAGGUGCCUCUUCUUAGAGCAUGCUAUCAGAGUUUCAGGCUUGUUGAAUGUGCAAGUUGUAUGUGCAAGAGCUGAGAGUGUGGGCCAAAAUGUUGAAUUCAGAGAGGCGUUUGAUGUCGCAGUUGCAAGAGCUGUUGCUGAAAUGAGAAUUUUAGCUGAGUAUUGCCUUCCACUGGUCCGUGUUGGAGGCUUGUUUGUUGCAGCAAAAGGUUAUGAUCCUCAGGAAGAAGUAGAAAAUGCUAAGAAGGCUAUUAGAGUGCUAGGUGCUUCCGUUCUACAAUCGUGUUGUGUUGAAUCUAAGGGUCCAUAUGGGCAGCGAACUGCAGUUGUAUGCAUGAAAGAUAGUCCGACGCCCAAAAAGUAUCCUCGCCAGCCUGGUUUACCGGCAAAGAAGCCUUUGUAACACAAGUAACUACUAUUGUGCUUAAAACAUGGUCCAAUUCCAAGUAUGCAUCUCUGCCAGCCAUGUGUGCUGCAGAAGAGUGUGUAAUGAUUACCAAGGCUGCCUCACUCCUGAGCUUUAAUGUAUUCCUUUGUUCUUGGCUGUAAUAUCAUUGUGAAUUGUGGAGUUUUAGGGAGCUAAAACAUUUCAAUUUUGUAUACUGUAAAAGCAUGAUAGAUGGAUUUUCCCUAGUUAGAUUUGCAGUCUCUGGCAAAGAAAAAUAUCUUUACAAGCUUUGGCGGACUGCUGUCACCCUUCUAGCUCCUUUGUAAAAGAUUCAGUUGACAG